AUGCCUUUACAAGCAAUGUAUGACGAUUACGGCUACUCCUCGCAGGACUCAGAGUACUCUGAGACCGAUGUCUCCCUCCGGCGAACAGGUGUCAGAACUCAUAUCCGCCAGCGCUCUGUCUCUCGCCCCCGUCGCCCGGAAGUCAUCUCUCGAGAGUACCUAGCAGCACCAGUCCAAACCACCACUCGCAUUCACCGGUCGGCCUCGACAGGCGCUCGGCGGCGCGAGCACAUCCCACCAGCGGCGCCCCCAGCGCCACCAGCGGUAAUGAUCUUCAACGAGCAAGGGCUGCAAUCAGAGAGUCGCUCGGAGAACAAGCCCCAGUCUCGACAGCUGCACCAGAAGUUCAACGAAAAGCACAGCCACAAACACCGGCACAACCGCUUCGACGAUGAUGACGACCUGCCGGCACCCCCGCCCCGCCGUGGGCGCGCUGUCAGCAGUGUCUCGCGCGAGCCCUCCCCCUUCCGCCGCGACCAUGAGUUGGCCAUGAGCCAGCACAUGCUGGAAAUCAGCGACAUCCGGCAAGAUGUGAGCCAGCAACUGCUAGAGCGGGAUAAUCAGCGCCAGGAUAUGGAUCUUUUCAAACAUCAGCAGGAGAUCGAACGGCUGAAGCGGCAACUGGAGAAGAAGACUCGUGAGCGCAGCGAGCACGAGCACGAGCACCAGCAGAUUAUUGUGAAUCCGCAGCCUGAUCCGCGCGAGUCUCGGCUGAUCAGGGACGAGAGGGAUUUUGAUGAAGAUAUUUCAGAGCGGCUGCAUAGGCUACAGCGGCUCGAACGCAAGCAACAAUCCUCGGAAGAGGAGCGUAAGGCCGAGGAGCGCUAUCAGCUCAAGAGGUUUGCGGCAGACAAGAGAGCUGCUGCUGAGGAAGACCAGCUUAGACAUAAACUGGAAGAUGAGAGGUUGAAGGAUAUUGCGCGUAUGCAGGAUGAGAAAGCACAGAGGGAGAAACUCAUGCGGGAGGAGAAGUGGAAGGAGCUUGCAAGGAUGAAGGAGGAGCAAGAGGAGAGAGGGAAGCUUAUACGGGAGGAGAAGUGGAAGGAGGUUGCAAGGAUGAAGGAGGACCAAGAGGAGAGAGGGAAGCUUAUACGGGAGGAGAAGUGGAAGGAGAUUGCAAGAGCAAAGGAGGAGCAAGAGGAGAGAGAGAAGCUCUUGCGAGAGGAGAAGUGGAAAGAACUUGCCAGGUUGAAGGAAGAGGAGGAGGAGCAUGAAAAGCUCGUUCAGAAGAUCCGAGAUGAAGAUAUGCGAAAGGCGAGGGAGGAAGAGGAGAAGAGGAAGAAGGAGCUUGCUAUGAAGGCUGCUGCUGUUGAAGAGUGGAAGCUUGAACAGGAGCGGAUUAAGCGAAGGCAAGCGGAGGAGGCGAUGCAGAAGGCGAAGGAGUUCCGUGACCGUCUUCGCGGUAUCGGCUAUACCGAGGAGGAGAUUGAUGCUAUCAUCAAUAAGAAACAGAAGGAAGAGAAGAAAGAGAAAGAGAAGGAAAAGGAAAAGGAAAAGGAGAAGGAGAAAGAGAAGGAGAAAGCAAAGGAGAAGGAAAAGGAGAAAGAAAAGGAGAAGGAGAAGGAGAAAGAGAAAGAGAAGGAGAAGGAGAGGGAGAAGGUCACAUGGAUUAGGGUCCACCGCAAGCACUUGCUGCCAGAUACCUUGAUCGCCUACGGUCUUCCUUGGGAUUGGGACGAGACCGAUGGCAACUACAUCAUCAUCAAAAAGUGGAUAGAUCAUGACUUCCAAGAUCAGCUCUUCGCUCACACCCAACGCCUACGCGAGGGCAAGGUCAUCGCCGCAACAUCCCACUCAAGGACUGAACUGAGAGUCAACGACCGCAAAAAGGACAAAAUGUUCCUGGUCCGGAAGAAGAGUCCUUCAGGCCGGGUGCACAUUUUCAGGUGA